UUUUCUUUUAUCAGAUCAUAUACUUUCACUUUUCCUCUUUCUCUUCUCUCUCUCCUUAAUAAUAAUAAUAAUGCCUCUGGCCGCAUCGUCUCUUCCCCGCCAUGCUUUUCUGUCAUCCAUUUUGGGUACUACCCUUUUUCUGAUUAUUGCGUCUCCUCUGCAAGUAUCGGCGGUUCUACUUGCAGGGCUGAAGAACCACAACUCCGGCGACUUGCACCACCGGAGACCAUCUUUCCAGUCGACCAACUCCUGCUCUAUCUUCGUCGGGAACUGGGUCCGAGAUGACUCCUACCCCAUUUACGAAUCCUCCGCCUGCCCCAUUAUCGACGACCAGUUCAAUUGCCAGUUGUACGGCCGUCCCGAUUCCGACUAUCUUAAGUACCGCUGGAGACCUACUAACUGCGACCUACCUAGGUUUGACGGUGUAACUUUUCUGACGCGGAUGAAAGGGAAGCAGAUUAUGUUCGUGGGUGAUUCAUUGGGGAGGGACCAAUGGGAGUCGUUGAUCUGUAUGAUAUCGACGGCGGUGCCAGCUACACAGACUCAGAUGAUGAGAGGAGAGCCUCUGUCCACUUUCAAGUUCUUGGAUUAUGGAGUGACGAUUUCUUAUUAUAAGGCGCCGUAUCUAGUGGACAUAGAUUCAACAUCGCAAGGGAAGAGGGUGUUGCGGUUGGGGGAGAUAUCGGUGAAUGCAAAGGCUUGGCACGGGAUGGACGUGUUGUGUUUUGACACGGGCCAUUGGUGGACUCACACAGGAUCACUUCAAGGGUGGGAUUAUAUGGAAUGGGGAGGGCAAUUGUACGAGGAUAUGGACAGGGUUGUAGCCAUGGAAAAGGGGAUGAGAACAUGGGCAACAUGGGUCGAUGCUAAUCUAGACCCUUCACGAACCAGACUCUUUUUCCAGUCCAUAUCUCCCAAUCACUACAACCCGAUGGAGUGGGGGGCGGCAACAAGGAGCUGUUAUGGUGAGACAGAGCCGAUGACAAAGAUGGGAUCAUCUUACCAAAAUCAGGACCAGGACCAGACAAACGUGGUGGACGUUGUGAUUAGGGACAUGACGAACCCACCCUACCUCCUUGACAUAACCGGGCUCUCUGCCAUGAGAAAAGACGCCCACCCUUCUAUUUACAGCGGUGACCUAACCCCAGACCAAAGGGCCAAUCCAGAUCACUCCUCCGACUGCAGCCAUUGGUGCCUUCCAGGCUUACCCGACACCUGGAACCAAUUGUUUUAUACUGCUCUCUUCUUUCAUUAGAGAAUUAGCAGUUCUAAUCUAAAAACUGUCUUAUUUGGCUAAUGCCAACUUGUUUUCAUAUUUUAGUAGUAAGCAUUACACUCAAAGGUGACUCACUGACUGACUGACUGAAUACACCUAAAUUCAUUCUUAGUCCACUAAAUGUCAAAUCAUAUAUUAUAUAAAUAUAUAUAUAGAUAAACAUCA